AUGCCCCAAAUCAAUAGCGAUACGCCAGACCCCGAUAUACAAGUGGUAGUGCAGGAGAUGUCCCAUACUGCCCACGAUAUAGCCGCCUUGACGGAUUCCGAAAUGAAUCGUACUCAACAACCUCCGGAUCCGACAGAUACCACAAUCCCUCUUGCCUCGUCUCGUAUGUUCCUGUCGCUCUUUGCUCCAAACGUAUCACAUGAAAUGUGGAAUCACGCUGAUCACACCUUGCAAGAGUUUGUAAGUGUUGGAGCUUGGACAGGAUCUAGACUCCCUGCCCUGUGUCAAGCCAAUGAAGUGAUGGAACAAAUUCACACAAAGGCAACUGAGUUGAUCUCAAUAACUGAAAGGGAUUUAUCAUCACAUGUUGGACAAUCUUAUCAAGGCCUCGACAUUGGUCCUCUCUCCUGUGAAGAAGGUUACGUCGGUGUAUGUACGGUGGGCAACCACCUAUACCGCUUGAUAUACGUGAUUGGAGAAGGAGAUGAGUUACCUAGAUGUACGGUGUCAGUUCAAACUAUUUCCAAUCGGGAAGAGAUCUACUCACAAGUACGCACAGGAGAUAUAAAACUGUAUCUGCACACUUGGUUGAGUGACAGUGGCCGUGAAGUGGAAUAUCAGAGGGAACAUACAAUACAGGACUUGGUCGUGAAAAGAGGGGAGCUCUCCUAUCAGGCUCGUAUCACAGAAAACAGGUUGAGAAUUCGCGACUACACAGUUGGUACGCGCUGUCUGAAAAUAACAGAUCAAGCACAGUCAGGUCGUAUUGUCAAGAUAUGGAAAAAGAGCCUUGGAAGAUACUCUCAUGAGGCUGUCUGGUUCAGAACGCAACUUGGAGAAGUGAGAACGUUUGGCUGA